ACGGUCCGAGUCGGCUAGGGGUGGGGUAGGAGCGGGCUGAUAGGUAAUUCUGAAACCCUACAGGAUGUCAAUGGCGACUUGGGGUGGAAAGGGGCAGGCUGCUCUGCCAAGCUGGGAGUCAGCAGGGCGAGAGGAGCUGCUGAACUCGCGGGCCUGCGACCAAACACCCAGAGCCGGGUGUCUGUGGCCACGAAGUGCAAACCUCAGCCCCAGGACCCUCGGUCAUUGACGCGCCCUCCCAGUCCCCGAUGUAAGCCUCCUCUGGAAACUUUGCAAACAGGUCUUCACAGGGCAUUUCGUCAUGUUUUUUCUUUUGAAGAUUCUUCUGGUGGGGAGCGACAGGAUCAAUGAUCUAUACGUUUUUCUCCAAAAAGAAGACACCGCGUGGGCACCCGGAGGAGGGGCAGCGCCUGACCCGCGGGCGCGGGAACCGGGCCCCCAGGUGGCUCUGCAGGGACCCCAUGCCCGCAGGGGAGGAGGAACGGCUGCAGCCUCCAGGCCCCUUGGACCCUGGUCCUCGGGAGGACACACAGACGCUGCGGGAAAGAGGCGCAGACGAAAUCAACGCGGCAACCUGAACUCAGGGGUCUUUUUUAAAACCACUUACCCGCCUCCAGAGUGGGGGUCAAAAUCUGCUAUGGCUCCACAGCAGGGAGAGGGCGGGCUGUUUCCAACUUUUGGAGACCCCACCUUCCUGCUCGCUUCGCGGAAUGCGGAGGAAGUUUGGACCUGGACGGCCGCCACUCGCUCCAAGAUGGCCGCCCCCAGGGAUGAACGUGGAAGUGGAGAGUUGCGGCCUCUACCACCCUCUCUCAUGGAUCGCAGUGCGGAGUUCAGGAGGUGGAAGGCGCAGUGUCUGAGCAGAGCGGACCUCAGCAGGAAGGGCAGUGUGGACGAGGAUGUAGCACACGUUGUGCAGCUCCUGAACACGCGGGAACAGUUUUUCACCACCAGUUCCUGCGCGGGCCGCAUCCUCCUCAUAGACGGGGGUAUAAAUGGUUUUGAAGUUCAGAAACAAAACUGUUGCUGGCUGCUGGUUACACACAAACCUUGUGUAAAAGAGGAUGUGAUGGUAGCACUGAAGAAAGCCAGGGGCAAUGCCGUUUUGAAAUUUGAGCCGCUUGUCCUUCACGUGCAGUGUCAGCAGCUGCAGGACGCGCAGCUUCUGCAUUCAGUGGCAGUUGAUUCUGGUUUCAGGAACUCUGGCAUCACAGUGGGAAAGAAAGGAAAGACUAUGUUGGCUGUCCGGAGUACACAUGGCUUAGAAGUUCCAUUAAGCAAUCAGGGAAAAUUGAUGGUGACGGAGGAGUAUAUUGACUUCCUGUUAAAUAUAGCAAAUCAAAAAAUGGAGGAAAACAAGAAAAGAAUUGAAAGGUUUUACAACUGCCUACAGCAUGCUUUGGAAAGAGAAACAAUCACUAACUCACAUCCCAAGAUCAAAGAGAAAAACAACCCAUCCUGUUCUCCUAAGAAAGAAAGAAACCCAGCAAAAGCACAUGGCAAAUGCACCCUUGAGGAAAAUGAUAAAGAAAUUGAAAAUGAUGACGAUGACGACCCAGGACUCGGUGUUGCUGUCUUCCCUGAAGACUACUAAGAUUUGGUUCUGAAGUGUUUUGGUAAAAUAUUGUUUGUAAUAGAUUUUGUAAAGCUGCUCUUUAUAAGAGUAUUUUAGUUGCUGCUGAGUGUAUUAGCUGUCAGAAGCAAGAUCUGAUUUCUCUGUUUUAGAGAAGCCCAUCUUACGAUCACAGGUGGCUUUUUAAAAAUACCCUUGUGUACUGUUUACUCAUUAAGUAUUGCCUUUUUUAGGCAUAUAACAUCAUUACAAAAAUAAAAUUAUGAUUUUUAGUGCCUCCUUU